AAAUCUAGAGUGGCUGGAAGAGUGAGGAUAAUUGGUGUAGCUGAAUGAUGAAAAAUAUUAGCCCGACGUGUAUCUUUGUUCGUUAAUUGUCGGUGUCAUACGAUACGACAAGGGACGUGAGGUGAAUCAUUGAGCAUUUGGUUUCUCAGUGCUGUGUUACACUGUGCAGAGUCAGUUUUGUGAGAUUUGGUGAAGUGAAGAGUGGUGGCUACUGUGAUAAAAAGAACCGUGUCUAACAUGUCUGCGGGUUUCGUCAAAUCUCUGUUAUUCAUUAGCUCAGUGCACUUGCUCUGCGGUUACAUUAAUCGGCAGUACCAUAGAUGUGCAUGACAAGGGCCGAGCGACCGACGUCCCAAUAACAUCCUCUGUUGUUUACGUUUUCGGCGGACAGGCAACGCUUUGUCAAGGGAGGAAUGCAGUUUGGUGACGCUGGCGAUUUUGAUGACUUUAAAUCAGUAACUUAAAAAAGUGAGAAUAUGGAUGAGAGAGAUAAAGCCAUACUUACCAGGAACCAGGAGUACAUUGCAAAAACGCUGGCAUCUUCAGGGAAGGCGCAAGAUGUUGUCUACGAACUCAGGGAGUGCCAAGUCCUGUCGGCAGAAAAUGCAGAUUUGUUAUUACACAUGGAGUCGACACAAACCAACAUGGUCAGGCAGUUGGUUGUCCUCCUUUGGAAGGGCCAAGAGAGGACACUGCAGGUUUUUUUGAAGGUGUUGAUGCAGUUCAACUUGCAGGAAAUGGUGAAGCAAAUAGACAGAGAAUAUUAUGAGCAGCAUGAAGGAACUGUGAGGGGAAACAGCAAUGAGUUCGACAAGCUCCAGCGCCUCCCCCACACCCCCUCUGGUGGUGCAGAAGCCUUGCCCCUCCUCCGUCGCCCGCGGCCAAACCAGCCUCGCUCAAGACCCGGCUCUUAUGGGUACGAUAGCUGCGAGGAAAACAACAACCCCGAUGAACCUUUACGAAUAGUAGUGGUUCAGAGUAAAGAGGUCGGCGGAGCCCAUCUCGACGAGGCAGAUGCUGUAUUGGAUAAAUCUGGAUUCAUGACUUCAUUUUGGGAUUUUUAUGAACUUCAAGAAGCUCUAUUAAAUAGUUUUGGUCUGCACACCCUUAGAAGGUUUAGUGUAAUCCCUAGUCUAGUUUACUUUUCUUUGCAUGCAGUUAAGGAUCUCCAUGUAAAGUGCAAUUGUCUCACCCCUCAGCAUUGCCCAAGUGAAAACCAUGUGCUCUGUCUCCCUGUUCUGUAUCUCGUUUACAAAACGUAUGCCAAUACCAGUAGGGAGCAUAUGUUUUGUAUACAAGGAUCAAAACCGGUGCUUGAAGUGAGGGGGCUGGAUGUAUAUAAUAUUUCUUCAUUUAUGUAUUUUAGUCUUGAUUGCAAUAGGGGUGCAGCGCCAGAUGUAGGAGUGGCGGCCGGUCCACAGCUGGUGUCCAAUAUACGACGGCAAAGUGUAGAAACAGAUGCAUCUUUUGUUAGUGAAGCUAUUGUUGAAAAGGACCCAACUUACACUGAUAUGUAUAUUGCAUUUUCUACAGUUGAAGGGUUUGUAUCCUUCCGUCAUCCAGAGCGAGGGUCUUGGCUGAUGGAAGCAAUAUGUCAGGUCUUCAUGAAACAUGCACAUAACCUGGAGUUGGAGUCUCUGAUGAAGAUGGUGUCAAGGCGAGUUCGUCAGAAUUAUUCAGAUGACGGGAGCAAGCAGGUGUGUGAAUUCGUCCAGAGAGCCUUCGACCGACACUUCUACUUCAACCCACAGAGACCAGAUAAUUUAGACGCAUUGUGCAUGCAGCCAUUGUCCGAUGUCCUCCAGGAGUCCAUGGGAAACACCCCGUUAAAGUCUUGUUCAACAGCCAUGAAGCCAACAAGUUUUUACAGGGGAGGCACACCAGAACGACUCUUUAUACACCCACACGAGCGCAAUAGGAUCAGACAGCGGAACUGGAGCGGAGCAAGUAAUAGCUCUGACAGGAGUCUUGACGAAUUGGAACCCUUCCCAUAUGGCCCAGAGAACAUGGCUAUGCAUCCAAGAGUCCGUCGGCUCAGCGGAAACAGGCGUAGCAGUUUGCCGCCCGAUCCCACUGCCUAUAAUCUGCAAAACCAUUUUAUUUACAACGAAGCCUUUAACCGAUCUUUCAGCGAACAGGUGCAGGGAUCGAGGGGAACGACACCUGAUCCAUCAGACUCACAAGAAAAUGUAUUUCCUGUGGAUCAAGAGAUCAUAUCAGUACCCGUGUGCCCUCAAUUUAUCCCUGGAGGACCUGCCUUUGAUACGGUUGACCACCCAAGAGAAAACCCAGAUCCGAACAGCAGUGAAAACGGUGAUGCCGACAUUGCAAUGAGCCCGGAGGAUGAAGCGGGCUCGCAAUUGCACACGAGCAAAUCGUGUGAUGCCGUGAUAGAGAAGUGCCAGACGGGUCACAUAGAAGUGGCUGGAGAAGAUGCCGAGGGUUUCGAAAGCGAAUCCCGCCAUUCCAUCAAGAGGCAGCUUUCUUUCCCCUCCACAAAGGAGACACUGUCCAAAAUCAACGACGUAAAGAAGUUCCUGCAGGUGUAUGAUUCAGACCCCAGCUUGAUACAGCCCCUGCAGAGGAUUGAGAGUUUUGUGAACAAAAAGAAGUAUGAAGGGAAAAGGAGGAAGACAGGACAAGAGUCUAAUAGUCUCGAAUACUAGUUUCCGCAAGAGGUGAAGGCCUUUGCGUACAUUUGUCUUUCUCAUCAUUACACAUGUUUGAACAAGAGAUGGAUCAGUUUAUAAAGAACUACUUUUGUGAAGGAGCUAAAAUCAUGGAUUUAGGAUGUAAAUAAAAGAAAUAGGAUGUGAUAUAUACACAAGAAAUGUGUGAUAUUCGAAGGUGAGACGGUCUCAAAUACAGAUGUCUUUCUCAUGGCUGUGUAUUUUUUUUUUUUUUUUUUUUUUCUAAUUCUUUUUUAAUUAUUAUUAUUAUUAUUAUUAUUAUUUUUUUAUGUAUAAGACCUGAAUGGGAGAGAGAACAAUUUAUGAAUGACUGCUUUUGCAAGGCAUCUAGAAAUAUGAAAUAAUGUAGGAUUUAAGCACACAAAGAAAAUAUGUGAUACGUGAUGUGCUCAAUUUGGCUCACUUGAAUUUUAUUAUUAAUUGAAACCCUGUAAUUGAAGUGAAAAAAGACCUCUGUUUGUUUUACCUUAAUGAUGUUAUGAGUGGCUGAAGUUUUCCAUAGUUAGGGUAUUGAUCUAAAAAAACUUUGCAACCAAGCAUGUAGUUUAUAUAUGCAUAUUUGUUUAAUUAUUCAUUCAUAGGUUUAACAUGAUGCUAUUUGAUUAGUGUGAAGUAAAUGCAGUCUUCAUAGUCACACAUUAAGUAAAAAAAAAAAAAAACUUGCUUUUGCUGUAGUUUCUGAUUUAAAUGUUAAAAUUGACCUGACAAGUACAAGCUGCAAAUCAUAAUAUUAGCAAAAUGUACAUGAAGUACUGAUACUAUUGUUACUCUACACUUCUCUUGUUAGUAUGGAUUUGUAACAUACACUUUUUUUUUCUCUCUCUCUCUUUUUCUUUUUCGUAAUGUACCAUGGAUUUUAUACUGUUAGGAUAUAGUAUAAUAAAAAAAGUUGUAUGCUGAAUUGUUAAGCAUAAAAGAAAGAAAAAUAUAGGUUUUUAGCUGAAGAAUUAGUAGGCAAGCAUUUCUUUUAGGGAGCUGUUAGGAAUUUUUUAAUUGAAUGGUUUAUUAAACAAUAAGUGGUGACACAUUAAUAGGUAAUAACCCCCCAAAAAUAUAUAUAGAUUUAAGGAAAAUGAAAAAUAAGUUUUACUGUAAGGAAAAAUAUUGUAAUAUUUCCUUAACAUUCAAAAUUAAUAUUUAAUUAUAUAUUAUAUACAUAGAAAAUAUAAAAUUAUGUAUCUGGAGUUAGAGAUGAAAGAAUCUGUGAUUUUUAAAAUUGUAACUGAAGUGCAAUAGAUUCACAAGAACAGGUAUAUGGGAUUUUUGCAAUUAGUCGAUAACUGAAUAGAAAAGUUUGUUAACCAAUCGGUAGUCUUAAUAUUAGAUUAAAACUUCAAAACAUUUAUUUAAAACAUCUUCAAAAACACAACCAAAUGAAAUGAGUACUUUGCUUUGUUGAACUGUUACCAGACUGGAAUUUUAUACAGAGAAGUAGACUUACAGUUAUAGUAAUCAACAAUAUAAUGCUAUGUCAUAAAAUAAGGCUUGUGAUACAUAUAUAUAUAUAUAUAUAUAUAUAUAUAUAUAUAUAUAUAUAUAUAUAUAUAUAUAUAUAUAUAUAUAUAUAUAUAUAUAUUAAAAAUAUCACUAGGAGACAAUCAGCUCAUGCAUUAGUUGUGGGUUUUAUCAUCAUUAUAAAGGGGAUACACAGUGUUCAGUUAUCAGUGCAAUAGGCUUGUGUUCCUUUAUAGUCUUCCACAGUGUAAUUAGUAGAAGCUCUUUUUUAUUAUUAUUAUUCAUUUACAUAGAUAUUGCUAGUUUGUGCAAUUUUAUUUUAUUUUAUACAUCAUAAAGAUUGUUAUGGUGCUGGAUUUUACACGGCCAUGCAACAAGUGUAAAGUCAAAGGUUUUAUUGACCAGCUACAGGGGAGCAAUCUAGUGUGUGCUAUGGUUUGUAGCAUAUUUGCAUUUAUUUCAUAUAUAAUUUUUUAUGAUUUUGAAUUCUGUUAAAGAAUUAUAGCCUUUCUUAUACAUUUACCCUUAUCUCCUGGACCUCUGAAAAUUAACCAAUUUUUACUGGUACCACAUUUUCAUAUUACUCUAUGACAAAUAGAAUAAGGUCUCUUUCUUUGGUCAUUGUUCAUAUAUAUUGGUCUGACAUUAUGAAUUAAGUUAUAUAUAUAGAUAUUUACCAUUAUGCUAUUGUAAUUUAUUCCAUGUACUUUAUUGGUAUUAUUGAUAUCUCAUUUAUUUACAUUUUUUUCUGUCUCUCUUUUCAUACAUCAAUCUCCAUAUGAUAAUGUCAUUUAAAAAACCCUUGAGAUCUGGUUGGGGAUCCGUCUUAUAUUAUCGCUGUUAUUUUGACAUUAAUGGCUGGCAGGUUAUACUCUAGAUCUCGAAUUCAUUGUCUGAUAUUAUUUUGUUGUACUCUAGAUCUCGAAUUAUUCAUCUGACAUUUUUUUUGUAUCUUUUGUAUCUUUAUAUUUAUAAGCCUUAACGAAUUCAAGAAUUAAGGAGCAUGGUUAUUAAAAAGAAGAAAAAAAAGAUGAAUGCAUGAAUUGAUCAUGUCAGCAUUGGGGUAAUAAUUCAUUUUGUGCCAUUAUUCUUAAUGAAAUUGUGUUGUAUUUGAGUAAACCCUCUUUAUAAUAAUGUUUUUUUUUUUCUUAUUGCCAAACGUGUAUUGCAUACGGCACUCUCGUUUUAAAAUUGAAAUUUAGAUGAUGCAUAUUAAAUUUUUUUAUGCA